AGCAGAGAUCCCAGGAAGGUCUCACAGUGGGUACCACCCAGGCUGAAGCAGCAGGAACUUCCUCCCACAAGGCUGCCAUCCUGCCCACAAGAGUAGGGACUAGGCGCCAAUCAGAAAGAAGCCUGGCCCUGCACCCUGGGCAAGCAGGGUCGAGCAGACCCGAGAGCUACAGAUCUCACCCUGGCAGUCAUGGGAUCUGCGCCGCACCCGGGCUUCCUCCGCUGGCCUCGGAGCCCCCAGAUUCUUUCAUUUACUCAGUAGCUCCAGGAACAGAACUAAGAGAAGUCAGAAACAAAACAGCUAGACACAACAAAAAGCAGAAGUGGGUGCUCAGAGACUGACCGUCCCCGACGGGUCUGAACCGUGGCGGGUCCAGCCUGGCCUGUGUGUGGGAGAAAUGCCCCAAUUGACCUCAGCUGUGUGGCUGCCCAAAAUACUACUGCUGCUGCUUUUCUGGCUUCCAGGCUGUGUCCCUCUGCAGGGCCCCAGCACCAUGACAGGCGCUGUGGGGGAAUCCCUGAGUGUGCGGUGUCAGUAUGAGGAGAAAUACAAGAGCAACGACAAAUACUGGUGCAGACGCUCACUGCUGCCACUGUGUAAUCAGAUUGUCAAGACCAGACCUGGAAAAGAAGCUAGGAAUGGCCGAGUGUCCAUCAGGGACCACCCAGCCAACCUCACCUUCAUGGUGACCAUGGAGAACCUCACCUGGGAGGAUGCAGGCACCUAUAACUGUAGAGUGGAUGUACCAUUUAUGAAUGGCUCUCUCUUGGGGAUUGAUGACUCCUUCAAGGUUGUGGUGUCUGUGGUUUUAAAUAAACACCCAGCACCAACACAAGGGAUACUUCCGGUGCCCACCAGCCCGGCCACUAGCCUGAUCACCAGUCUGACCACUGAGGGUCCCACCCGAGGAUCCGUGAAGGAACACCAUGAGCAUCCUGGGUCCCUGAGCAUGAGCCUCCCGGUGCUGCUGUCCGUGUUAGCUCUUCUGCUGUUCCUGUUGGUGGGAACCGCUCUGCUGGCCUGGAGGAUGUUCCAGAAGCAUCAGUUCAAAGCUGAUAAGCAUCCAGAAGUGUCCCAGAACCUCCGGCAGGCUGCUGAGCAGAGCGAGUCCCAGUAUGUGAAUCUACAGCUGCACACGUUGUCCCUGAGGGAAGAGCAGGCACCACCAAGACAGGUAGAGGUGGAAUACAGCACAGUGAGAUUCCCCCAGGAAGAGCUCCACUAUGCAUCCAUGGCAUUUGACUCAGAGAGGCAGGAUUCUCACACCAAUGGGAAUUCCCCACGGCCACCUCAGAACACAGAAGCAGAGUACAGUGAGGUCCGGAAGCCCAAGAGAAAGCCUCUCUGACCCUCACCUGUGACUCCCUGUCACCUGAUCCUCUCAAUGGUGACCACCACAUUCCUGAGCUGCCUACAGGCUGCUGCCCUCAAUGUCAUGAGCCUAGCUGGCUUCACUCAAGAUGAGCAGGAACCAAGGCUCCAUGGGGACAGAGGCUUGUCCCCACUGGCUCUCUCCUCUUAGCCUGCAUUUCAUUCUACCUUUGGGUGUGGAAGACAUAGCCGCUGCAUCCCUUGGGGCUUUGGGAAGUGACAUGGUUCAUAGAGAAGGACACUGGUGUUAGCUUUGUAGUGUCCACCCAGCAGGGACGUCAGUGAUCUCUGGGGAAUGUGGAGAAACCGUGAAGAACCAUGAGAAUGUAAAGGAAGGGGAGUUGCAGAGGCACGAAACACCAGCUCCCCCAUCUCACAGAGAACCAAAGCCAAGCUCUGAGGGAGGAGCCUGGCCCAUGACUCCAAGGUCAGGGGCAUGUUCCUCUGGACUCCUAGGUAAAAGAUGAAAUAAAGCUUAAAACAUCUUCUUAAAGGAGAAGAAAGAAAACGACGUCUGUUAUAUGCCUGUGGCCCCAUAUUAAAGCCCAGCUUUGAAAUCAGAGGAGCCUUUGGGGUACAAUUGCUUGGGAAGGAUGUGACCACUGGGCUGGAGAGGGUAAGUUGUAACUGUUGCUCCCCCAUAGAACACACAACAGUGUUUUCUUACCAGGGUAAUUUUAAACUUGAAUCCAAAGGUGGCUGUGAGUGUUUCCAGCCCGCAGCAGCCACAGGGGCCUUGAAAACCACAUCUGAUGCAGUAAUUUUUCUUAGAACUUUUCAUAUUGCUCCAGAAGCAACUUCAAGGGUAAGACCUCUCCAAAGAGUGGAGAGGUGAUGGCUAUUGGUGAUUUCUGUAGAUGUCUUUUUAAAGACAGGAUCCUUUAUAGCCCAGGCUAGCCUUGAACUUGCUGUCUAGUCAAGGAUGACCUUGAACGUCUGAUCUUCUCACCUCUACCUCCCUAGUGCUGGGAAUAUCCACUUGGUGUGUACCAUUAUGCCCAUUAUUUGUGGUGCUGGGGAAUCUAAACCUAGGGCUCUCCCCAGCCUGGAUUGUUUAGAUUCCAGCUCAUGCACCCCACCCACCACAUGUGUAUGUGCUUGCGGUAUGCACACCCAUGAGCCAUCCCAGAUACUUCCCGCGCUUCUUGUACUGACGUUCUGAGACACAAAAGGGGAAGAAACAUACACGUGCAGAUGGUGCAUGCCCAAAGCCAUGCUCCACAGUGUCAGGGAAGUCUGGGGGGCAGCAGGGAUUGUGGGGAGAGCUCACAGAGCACUGCUGUGCUCUCGGCUCUGUUCCACGCCUCAGCCCCAAACCUACCAAUGACUCUUUCCACUUGAAAAAGCAGUGGGCACUGGAUUGUGCCGAUAGGGCUCAAGAGACUUAAGCAGGAAGUGGGGAGGCUGUGACCAAAAAUAGACUGCUGGAACCACAAACAGCGAAGGCACGUAGGUUUAGUCCGGCCACUAAACUAGACUGCCAACGAGGAGGGGUGGGCAGGGAAAGGAGAGCCCUACUUCCUGGUGUGAGUCAGCCAUGGUGGGAAGGCCCAAGUGCCAAGCGCCCAGCCAGAGCGCACUUAGUUUUCCUCCCAAGGACUUGUCUCUUCCUUCAUUUUCUUCUCCUUCUCCCGGCUCCUCGCUGUGUUGCCUAGGGCAGGUCAGCCCAAAGGCAGCUGCCAUUCAUUCAUUCACUCAUUCAUUUGCCCGUCAUUCGCCCAGCCAUCGGCUCAUCCACUCGCCCUUUUAUCCAUUUGCUCAUUUAUUCCACCAUCACUCAUUCAUCCCUCACUCAUUCAUCCCUUCGUUCAUCCAUUUACUCAAUGUAUUUCAUUCCCUCAUUGCAGAGCGUUCGGGGACCUUCAGUAAACAGAUGUAACAGAUGAUCAGAAAUGUUGACGGGGUUUUCUGUCCUGCCCAGUUCCCACAGUCGUUAAGUCUCAAAGAAAUCACACAGAGGUCUACAUUAACUAUAAACUGAUUGGCCCAUUAGCUCAGGCUUCUUUUUUUUUUUUAAGAUUUAUUUAUUAUGUAUACAACAUUCUGCCCCGAUAUUUGCCCGCACGCCAGAGGAGGGCACCAAAUUUCAGUACAGGUUGUGAGCCACCAUGUGGUUGCUGGGAAUUGAACUCAGGACCUCUGGAAGAGCAGCCAGUGCUUUUAACCUCUGAGCCAUUUCUCCAGCUCUUAUUACUUACUGUCACACUCCAAGGUCCCGCCUGGUUCUCCUGUCCAACAGGGGUUAAAAUUCAAUCUCUGUUCUGACGGGCUCAUCCAGGUGGAGACAUUUAUGAAGAGGAUCAUUGCGUAUAUUUAUUUGAUGACAAUAACUGUCUCCAAAGACUCUUUCCCAACCACAGCCUUGCACAAAAAUCAUGAUGAAUUUGCACAAAGAACCGCAGCCUUGCAGCAAGGCCACCCUUCCAGCCGUGGGCCCAGAAGCUGCCUGCUCAGCCUCAUGCUGACUCCGCCUUCAGUACUGAUCUUUGCAGGAGGACCCGAGCUUGUACCCAGCUUCUGUAAUCUCCCUCACCUUCCCAUUAACCCUUGUCUCCCUUUACUCUCUUGCUCUGUGGCACCUUGCAUCCCCUGUAGCACACAUGGGCCAUAUUGCAAUCUCAUCACACCCGACAAGUUCUUUUCUUACCUGCUCAGUUUAGCAUCUUCAUAUUACACUACCGGAGCCCCCACCCCCACCCCCCCCAGAGGGAGGGUGUUCUGGCUGGUUUUAUGUCAGCUCGACACAAGUCAGAGUCCUUUGGCAAGAGGAACUUCAGUUAGGAAAAUGCUCCCACCCGACUGGCCUGUGGGCAAGCCUUUGUACAUUUUCCUGACCGGUGAUGGAUGUGGGAGGGGCUCAGUUCACUGUGGGUGGUACCAUCCCUGGGCUGGGGGUCCUGGGUUCUAGAAGAAAGCUGAUUGAGCAAGCCACGGGGAGCAAGCCAGUAGCCAUCACUUCUCCAUGGCCUCUGCAUCAGCUCCUGCCUCACGCAGGCUCCUGCCCUCCUGAGUUCCUGUGG